GCUUUGUACUCGCUCAGCCUCUGGGCACACAUGCUAAAGGUCCUGAUCACCAACUUGAGAAACCGGGACAUAGACUGGUCGGUGACGGAUUGAUGGUUGUGGGUGCGAGUGUCGGUAAGAAAGACACGGUAAAUAAAGAGAAUGUGGAAAUAGUUAAUGGAGGAGACAGUGGAACGAUACCGACAGUGGCUGCAGAGAGUGAGCCAAUGAAUCCUGUUGACGUGAGUAUAGAAUCAACUAACAAUAUCGCAAAGGAGAAAGGAGGGUCUCCUGUGUGCUCCAUCUGUGUUACAGGCGAGGAAUCAGAGUGGGAUACUAAGAUCAUCCCAGUUAUAGCGGUGGCCAAGUGCAUAGCUACUACUCAUACCAUUGAAAUCGAUUCAAAACCAAAAGAGCGCGUCAAAACUCGUGCGGAUUUUAUAGAGAUCAAGCCAAAUAGAGUUCCCGUCGUAGGUGUGGAACAUUCUAGUACUACUACCUGUGCGAAUACAUAUUCGGUAGAGCGACCAGCUGCACUUGUAACAAUGGGGUCAGUAGCGGAUGGUGCGUCGCCUGAUGCUGCCGCUGUAGCCCAAGUAGAUACGAACCCCACUGCAGCUAGUGAUGGUGGUGGUCAGGUUGUGAAUGAAGAAAAAGGUAUCAUGCAACAAGAUAAGAAGAUCCCCACAACAAGUGAUGACGGUGAUGAGAACGUCGUUGUCGAUGGAAGUGGCCCUCAGAACAACCAUGAGGUUUCUGUAGAUAGUGACGGUAAUGAUAUGGUUGUGGAUGAAGAGAGUAAUGAUUCUGCAGGAGUUAAUCGGGAUGGUAAACACUCGACUGGUGCUGGCAGUCCUACAAGUGAAGUGUAUGACUCUACUGGGAACGUUGACAGUACUGCCACAGGUGGAGCUGUUGAAAAGAGAAAAAGUACUGACCAAGCGCACGCUGUGGUGGCGGAGUUAACGAUCACCGAUAUCUCCUCAGACGAUGACAGCACAAGCCCUACAGCAAAGGCGGGCUUGUCGGCCUCAGAACGAGCCGCGUGUACAACAAGCUCGAACGCGGCGAAACUGGAGGACAGUUACUUAAAAGAUCAAGUGACCAGUGAAUCUGCAAAGUCCUCGUACGAAAGCGCUGCCGCUGGAUCUGAAACAGUUGAAGACGCCUGUGUGGCUGAGGUGGCAAAUACCGGCUCACCUCGAAGUGUAGGCCUCAGUGAGAACCCGGCUACAGACAAAAUAGACGCGGAGCAAGAAGUGGAUAUGAUUGGAGUACUUGCAGAUAGUAAAGGCAACAUGGCGUCUGCUGUUGAAAGCUCAAAGGAGGCACGCCACGAGGGUGCUUCCGACACAGACGACGCAGUGGACAGCCAUAUUCAACUUGGUGAGGUGCCGACCACCAUCGCUGGUAUGAAUAGAAAUCUAACACACGCAGUGUUGGCUAAUGUCAGCAAGAAUUGCGCAGCGGUGGCAGAAGUGUCUACAGAUAUACCAGAUAACAUCUCCAAGAAGCGGUCUCACGGAGGCGUGUCAAAAACGAGUACGGGUAAUGCAUUGUCACCGGGCGACAAGCAGGAGGGCAAAGGGAAGAAACCCUAUAUAAAUGAGUGUGCCAGUACCCGGAUGUAUACUAAACCGAUACUAGCCGCCCAGGAGAGCAGCGCUCUGUCUUCGGCAGUCAAAGUAGCGCCCGAUGUGAUUGAUCUGGAAAUGGUUGACGCUGGCAGUGGAAUGGAUGCUCUGAAGGCACCCUCGCCGAUAGAUACGUUGGACCAUCAAAAAGGGCUAGCGAAGGUUAAGGCAGUGAAGACACUGGGCGACUAUUGGCGAGGAAAUGGUGAUGUUCACAAGCCUGUGAUGAUCGGAACGGGGCGUAAGAGUGUGAAAACCGCUCAUUCAUGGGACAACAACAGCAGUGGAAAGCACAAUGUGAGAGGUACCAAAGGACAACAGAAUGGAGUUAUCGACCUUUCUGCGAAUGAUAGCUUGGGCCGGUCUGAUAAACGGAAUCCUAUCGAUGUCGAGUCAGAUCCACCGGGAAAAGGUACUAAAGGGAAUACAAAUAUCACCAUCGAUGGUUCGCAGAACACACCAGGUUCCGGUAAGCCGCAAAUAAAGAAGAGGGGCAGGGGCAGGCCAAGGAAGGAAACUUAUAGGCGUGAUCCCAAAGAAGAAUCUAUUGAGGAUGAAGAAGCAGAGGUUAUACCGGUCUGCUCUGAAUGUAGGACUUCCACGACGUGUUCUGAUGUCAACCCUAACCCGCUUGAUAAGUUGCUGGUGUGUACACUGAGUGGAUGCCCGAACGCGGGGCACGCACGGUGUCUAGGUUUUAGCGAAAUUCUCGCCCGUAAUUUGUACUACAGUACGGAUUCAUGGACAUGUAUGGUGUGCAAGAGAUGUGUGGUGUGUGAAGAGGGUGACGGGGACAAUGAGAUGCUGUUGUGCGAUCUGUGCGAUUCAGGUACGCAUGCAUCGUGUCUUGACCCGCCCCUAAAAGAAAUGCCCGAUCCGAAUAAGGAGUGGCACUGUGUCGCAUGCAGAGAACAGGCAGCUGGGAAGAUGAAGUCUAAGAGUGAUGCGCGGCGAGGUGGUAAAUCCAAAAAACGACGAAAGAUUUCAGACAUUGACUAUUCAGCAAGCAAUACGUCCUGCGACGAGACCGAUGACUACCUUGCAGGUCCAUCGACUAAAGCAGCGCGAACUAUAUUCUCCCGGAGUAGUAGCUCUACCGCUCCGGAUCACGCCGGAUCGCGCCCGACGACGAAGCACAAGAAGGAUACUUCCUUGCUGGUGAAGCUAGGGGGUACGUUAAUAAACAAACAGGCACCUACGAGCAGCGGCGCCAACCUUUACCGACUCACGGGCGGCUCUGACCCGCUUGGUAUGUACCGCGGAGAGACCAAAGCUGCAAGCGAUACGGGCAAAGGCAUGUGCCCCAUCGCGGGUUGCGACGGUAGUGGCCACUCGACUGGACUCUACGCUACGCACAAGACGCCGUCGGGGUGUCCUAUCCUCAAUCCUCCAGAUACAGACGGACAGCAGAAACCACCAAUGAAGAGAAGAUUGUCUGCGAAUGAACCAUCACACCAAUCGAACCUGCACAGGCGGCAAGGCAACAACACACACUCUCUUCAGAUGGUAAGAUCGUCUUCGGCGAUCGAUUUGUCUGGCCCCGAAAGAAAUUCAACACCUGCCAUUCCACACCCAAACAACGCCAGUGCGCACAAAGCAUCGUACUGGGAACCAUUUAUUUACCCUUCGAAGCUAGAUACUCGAACGUUAAUCACGCAGGAGACUGUCAUAGGCGAUGACUCAGCCAUACACCCAACAGAGGCCGAUAUAGUGAAUUUCGAGAGUGCGCGAAUCCAAGCCGUGGAUUUACUACGGUCAGAAUACUCGGGUAUUAGUUAUACGAAAAAAUUAGAGGCCAUUAUCUUCGGUGCCUAUACCUUGAAGACGUGGUACUCCGCUCCGUAUCCUGAGGAGUAUGCUCGCUUGCCAAGGAUCUUUCUUUGUGAAUUCUGCUUGGGAUACAUGAAGAGCGCUGUGAUUUUGGAUCGGCAUAGACAAACCUGUGAUCGGUUUUGCCCCCCUGGAGACGAGAUUUACAGGAAAGGCAAAAUGUCUAUUUUUGAGGUUGACGGGAAUAGGAACAAGAUCUACUGUCAGAAUCUGUGCUUGCUGUCGAAGCUCUUCUUAGAUCAUAAAACUCUCUACUAUGAUGUCGAGUCAUUCAUGUUCUACGUCCUUACUGCUUACGACAAAUUUGGUUAUCAUUUAGUCGGGUACUUUUCGAAGGAGAAAGAUUCGCAGAUGGGGUACAACCUGAGUUGCAUUAUGACCCUGCCGCACUGUCAGAGGAAAGGAUACGGAAGGAUGCUUAUUGACUUCAGUUAUCUGCUGUCGCGCAAGGAGAAAAAAUUGGGCUCGCCAGAACGGCCUCUAUCCAAAUUGGGCGAGAUCAGUUACAAGGCUUAUUGGUCCAGUGUGAUGCUGUCCUAUCUGUAUGAUCAUCGGGAAGCUAGCGCAUUGAGUGUGAAAGACUUGUGUGUAGGCACCGGUUUCACCGAACACGAUAUUGUCAAUACUCUACUGGAUCUGAAGCUGUUGAGGUACCAAAGUGGGAAACACGUACUCAUACGGGAUGUUGAGCUGCUAACCAAAAUAGCGGAGAAACAAGAACGUUUCGACCUGGAGAACGAGUGUAUAGUGUCGCCGCAGAACCUAUCGGACAGAUGGUGCCCAUACAAAGACUCCGCGCGGCGAUAUAGUAGCAGUCCCCGGAAAAUAUAUAGCUAA